AUGGAAAUACAAGAUCAGAAUUUGGAGGAAACUCAAAAUUUGGAGGUGGUAUUGGAACCUAAGGUUGGAACAAUAUUUGAAUCUGAAUACGAAGCCCAUGAAUGUUAUGCUACUUAUGCGAAAGCAAAAGGUUUCGGUGCAAUCACAAAAACCUCUAAGAAGCGUAACAAGGUAAAGUCGAAUAUAACUUAUGGUUGUCAUCGGGCUGGAAAUGCCAGGCCAACGGGUUUGAACCCCAUUAAAUCCCAUCCAACACCCAAAACAGGUUGUAAAGCCCAUAUGAAUAUCUCUUUGCAAGUUGACGGGAAGUGGAUGUUGAAUUCGAUUGAACUAAACCACAACCAUGAAAUGGAUCCAGAAAAAGUGAAAUAUCUUCGGUGCUACCGGAAUAUCCCACCCCAUUCGAAGAGGAUAAUUGAAUUACACGCGGCAGCCGGAAUCACAAUGAAUAAAACCAUUGCCUCAUGUGUAAUCGAGGCAGGGGGGCCUGAUAAUCUACCAUGGAUAGAUAAGGAUGCAAGGAAUUUCAAGGAUAAAGAAAGGCGUUUACGGCUCAAAGAAGGGGAUGCCGAAGCAAUGCAUAAGUACUUUGUCAAAAUGCAUGAAGAUAACAAUGACUUCUUCUAUGCCAUCGAUCUUGAUGAAAAUGACCGAUUACGGAAUGUCUUUUGGGCUGAUGCGUAUAGUAGAGAGUUGUGUAAAGAAUUUGGCGAUGUGGUCACCUUUGACACGACUUACCUUGUUAACAAAUACAAUAUGCCUUUCGCACCAUUUGUAGGGGUCAACCAUCAUGGACAAUCGAUUUUGUUUGGAUGUGGUUUGGUAUCACGGGAGGACACCACUUCAAUUGUAUGGUUGUUUGAGACUUGGCUUUCUUGCAUGCAUGGUUCCUUCCCUAAUGCCAUCAUCACAGACCAAUGUAGGGCAAUGCAAAACGCGAUAAGUGAAGUAUUUCCAAAUGCACAACAUCGUUGGUGUUUGUGGCAUAUCAUGAAAAAAAUUCGUGACAAGUUGAAGAGUUGCAACGAGUAUAAGGCGAAAAAAACAUCUCUCAAGAGUGCUGUUUAUGAUUCCUUGUAUCCAGUGGACUUUGAAAAAAGUUGGGCAGAUCUCAUCAAACAAUUUAAUUUACAGGGCAAUGAUUGGCUAGCUGGAUUGUAUGAGGAGAGGCAUCGAUGGGUACCGGCAUUUGUUAAGGAUACCUUUUGGGCGGGGAUGUCAACAACCCAACGAAGCGAGAGCAUUAAUGCCUUCUUUGAUGGCUACGUCCAUUCCAAUACCACCUUGAAGGAGUUUGUGGGACAAUAUGAGAAUGCCUUGGGUAAGAAGGUGCAGAAAGAAGAAGAGGCAGAUGCCCAUUCCUUAAACUUUCAAAUUCAGAAAGUGUCCCCUUAUGGUUUUGAGGACCAAUUUCAACAAGCAUACACAAUUGGAAAAUGCAAGCAAUUUCGAGAGCAAGUAGGCCAAACGAUUGGGUGCAAUUUGACUAUUGGACCGGUAGUAAAUGGUAUUUCACAGUUCCACAUUGAACAAGACAUCCUAGUUGGAAAGAAAAAAAUAUAUUUAAAACUUGCACUUUCCUUGUUCAUUUUAAUGAGGAGUCAGCAGAAACUAAUUGCAAUUGCCGGUUGUUCGAGAGUAAGGGAAUGGUGUGCUCGCAUAUGA